UGUUGCGCUCUCCGCACCCUCCGGAGAGCCGUUGUCAAAACUCAGUUCAGAAAGUUUCGCUACCCCGUUGCAUGAAUGGAUUUUAAAGAGCUUGGAGCUGAUUGCUCGGAGGGAGACACGGAGGAUCUGGACAGCGUCAAGGCGCUGACGGAGAAGCUGAAGCUGCAGACGCGCAGACCGUCCUAUCUGGAGUGGCAGGAACGGUUGCAAAGUCGCCCUUGGACGGACAGGAGCCCCACAGACUGUCCGGACUCCGCUGAAGGACACGUUUCCAUGCCCGCAAUUUUGAGAAACGACAACUCAGAGCUUGUUGUGCGCAACAUAUGCGGCUUUGAUACCAUUGAUGAUGCGCUGGAGUUUCUGAGAAAAGAGCUGAGGGAGAUGCAAGUCCAGGACAACCGACUGGCCCGGCAGCUGAUCCGCCUUCGUGGGGAGAUCCACCAGCUGAAAGUGGAGCAGGUGUGCCACCGUCACAAGGAGAUGCUGGAUGAUGCCACUUACGAGUUGGAGGAGUGCGAAGAGGAGUCGGACCUACUGUGCGACAUUCCCAUGAAGGCCGCCUUUGCUCUCUCCACGCCUCUGAAACACCUAGGCCUCACCAAAAUGAACAUCAACUCCAGACGUUUCUCACUGUGUUGAAAAGGGUCACAUUUUACCUACACAGCAACAGAUGUUUUCAUAUUUCUUCUCUGUGUUUGUACAAGGCACGUCACUAGAGUUACUUCCUUUCCAAGAGAGGACUGGUGAGAGGCAGGCAGCAAUUGUUGCCAGCAGUAAAAAUUAAAAUGUCGGCCUUGAUUUAUGUCAAGGUAUGACAUGAAUGGGGAAGUAUCUAUGUACUCACCUGCAGAAGGCAUGCACGCCUGCUACUGCCAGAAGAUCCUGCUGGUCCGAGUCUUUUUUAUACCACAGAAACAAUAACUUUGAAUGGAUUCACUAUAUUGCCAAAAACAUUAAGACAAACCUUCAAAUCCUUGAUUUCAUUUGUUCCAAACACCUCCAUGGCCACACAGAGGCAGCAAACUGGAUCUGCAAAUAUUUCUGGGGCAGUCUCAGGAUGUCAGUGAAGUCAAGUGUAGUAGUGUGAUAGAAUCCUGCUUAUGCAAAAGUCAAUUGUUUGGGGCAUCAGAAGGAAGUGGAAACAGUUUUGAGUAGACAACGUAAAAUCAUAAAAUCAGGCACAUAGUGUGUACAAGUUGCCACCUAUCUUGAAGAGUCAAUCUCUAUGUACCUCUAGGCUUUGAGCGCCCUUCAGAGUAGAUCAAGAACAGUGUUUAGAUGCUUUUAAGGAAUGGGUUUCCAUGGAUGAAAACCUCUGUCCAAGUACAUAGUAAAACCUUCGGAUGUCAUGGUGUGAAGCAUGCAGCUGCUGGACUGGAAAAUCUCUGCUUGGCAGUGGCUAAUUUGGUCUGUCGAUCAGAAUAAAUAUGAAGGAUCUGAAGUGUGUAGAUCUUUAUUCAAAACAACCCUAUUGGAAAUGGUGUUUAAAUCUAGAAUUGAUCCUAGGAGAUGGUCUGAGGAGGGAAGAUUUUGAAGGUUUCUUUGCCGUUGGAUGAGUUUGGGUUUUCCAGUUGCUAAGAGAAUGGUACUUGCUUGCUCUGUGCCAUGGAUAAAUAUUGGUGGUGGGGGUAUUAUGGUGCGUGGUUGUUCCUUAGGAAUGGGGCUGAGGAACAACCCCAUUCAAUGAACCCCAUUAGGUUCAUCGAAGGUCCUCUCUGUGCUGCAGAAUACAAGCAUAUUUGGAUGCUUUCCCAUUCCAGCUUCACUGCCCACCAGAGCAAAAAUAAGAUCCAUGUACAUCAGUGAGUUUGGUGUAGAGGUAAUUGACUGGACUGAAAAGAGCCUUUACUAGAACCUGAUGGAGCUCAUUUGAGAUGAAGACUGAGAAGCAGACCAUCGGGAAAGACCUCACAAAUGUUCUCUUGAAACAAAGGUCAAAUAUUUUCAUAAACUCAUUCUUAAACCUUGUGGAAAUAGAUUCUAGAGGAGUUGAGGUCAUUAAAUCUUACAUGCGCGGGGGAACUAUUUAAAUUGAUGUAAACGUCAUGGUGAGCAUCUGAAUACUUUUGGGAACACAUUGUAUCAUGUUAUUUCACCGAAACGUGACCAACCGGAGACAUUUUUUGUUUAUUUUCUCAAAGACCCAGGGACCACUUAUUGACAGAAUCUUCAAACAGAAAGGUAAAAUAUAAUUUUGAAGCAAAAAGAAAUUUGGCCAUCAAAGCGGUGAAAGUGAGAUAGAAGACAAAAGGUCAAACUUUGUCUGAACUGGUUGAGGGACAAAGCGCCAACAAGUUGGAUGCUUUCAGGCUGUCACAUGCUUUAGUGAAAUCAAAGAGCUCAGAGCCGGUGUGUAUUUGUUGGGCCUGGUGGAAUCAGAUAAAGAAAAUGCUCUGCGAGUUUCUAUGCUAAACAAUGUCUCCUCACACAGCAGCACACUUUAAGCCUUCAUCAGUUUCCACCAGGAAGCAGGAGGUCACCCUCCUGCUUUUUUUUUACACCUCUCCCUCAUGGACCAAAAAUAUCUCUUCAACCUCAGUACAGUUGUGACAAGAGCCAGGAGGCUGUUUUGUUUUCCAGUGACAUGUUGAGAUGCUGCAGAGCACUGAUUGUAUAAAGCUGACCAAGUGUUGCUUUUUUCCCCUUUAGCACACACUCCCACCCAAGAUGAAUGAUUUGCUUUAUACUUAAGUAACAAAUGCACGACUGAUUACUUUUGCUCCUUGUAUACUGAUGUAUUUUAGUUAAAAGUAUAACAUUUAAUUCUAUGCAGAUGUUUGGUUGUUAUGUACUGAUGUAAGUGUAUCUAAUAUGCAUGUGAGUAUAAAAGAAAAUAUCUUGGCCGGAUCGUUUCUUUCUGGCACAAAAAUGUUUAGUAAUAAUAAAUGUAACUUAAAUUUCCGGAUGGAUGGAUGGAUGAACGGACAGACGGACGGGAAUCUAACCGACAUAUAAUAUUUUCCACACUAUUUUUUUUUCCAAGCUUACCCUGACCAGGAAAAUGCUUAUUAUUCCAGACUUUCCCAGACUGUAAUAAAAUCCUGUAAGUGGUAUUACAUUCCCCCUCUAAUAUUCAAAUUCACAAUAAAGUUUAAACCACCCA